CCUCCCACUUCUCAAGGCUGCUAGAGGAAGUUGCCAUGAAAUGGGCUGCGGAGCUUGAGCGGGCGUAUUUACGCAAGCAAAGCGGGGAGCUGGGGAGGGAGUUAUGGUUGCUGCACUCCAGCUGAGUGCGAUGGUUUGUUUCUGGGGGUGCACGAAUAUGUAAAAGAAGGUAGUGUAUUGGGGCUGUGAAUGCAAAACUGCUGAGGCAGAGGAUAGAUAGAUAAGAUCAAUAUAUAUUGCUUGCAAAGGAAGCCAUGGCUCCUCUCAAGAAAGGUGACUUAAGCGAGGAGGAAAAAGAACUGCUGGAAGUGAUUGGGAAAGGAAACACUGAAGAAGCUGCAAGGCUAUUAGGCAACAAGAAUGUUCGUGUCAAUUGUUUGGAUGAGCAUGGUAUGACCCCUCUGAUGCAUGCAGCAUACAAAGGGAAAGUUGAUAUGUGCAAAUUGUUGUUGCGCCAUGGUGCUGAUGUAAACUGCAAUGAACAUGAGCAGGGAUAUACUGCCUUGAUGUUCGCUGGGCUUUCAGGAAACAAAGAAAUUACCUGGAUGAUGCUAGAGGCUGGAGCAGAGACAGAUGUUGUUAACUCUGUGGGAAGGACUGCUGCUCAGAUGGCUGCCUUUGUAGGUCAACAUGAUUGUGUAACUGUUAUCAACAACUUCUUUCCUCGAGAAAGGCUAGACUACUACACAAAACCACAAGGACUGGAUAAAGAACCAAAACUUCCAGUUAAGUUAGCUGGACCUCUGCAUAAGAUCAUCACAAUUACUAAUUUGCAUCCAGUCAAGAUAGUGUUGCUAGUGAAAGAGAAUCCUCUUCUGACUGAAGUUGAACCACUGCAAAAAUGCUACUAUGUAUUGGACCUUAUUUGUGAGAAGUGCAUGAAGCAGAGAGAAAUGAACGAAGUACUGGCAAUGAAAAUGCACUACAUCAGCUGUAUUUUCCAGAAAUGCAUCCUUUUCCUAAAGGAACGUGAAGAUAAAUUGGAUGGGUUAAUCAAAAGCCUACUGAAAGGCAGAGAUAAAGAUGGUUUUCCAGUAUAUCAAGAGAAAUUCAUCAGAGAGUGCAUUCGAAAAUUUCCUUACUGUGAAGCUACACUGCUCCAGCAGCUUGUGAGAAGCAUUGCUCCAAUUGAAAUUGGCUCUGAUCCUACAGCUUUCUCUGUACUGACACAAGCCAUUACUGGCCAAAUGGGCUUUGUGGAGGCUGAGUUUUGCACAACAUGUGGGGAGAAGGGAGCAGCCAAAAGGUGUUCGACAUGCAAAAUGGUGAUCUAUUGUGAUCAGAACUGCCAGAAAAUGCAUUGGUUCACACACAAGAAAGCAUGCAAGAUGCUAAAAGAGGCCCAUGAGAAGCAGGAGAUGGAAGCUGCCAAAGAGAAGCAGCAGCAAGAAAGAAAGAAAAAAAGAGCCGCACAAGCAGCAGAAUCUAUUUCAAAUCAAGAACAAUUGGUCUCUGGAGACAGUGAAGAGGUAGAACCAAAAUGUGAAGGGGACAAAAUGGAAGAAAUCAUUUUCAAGCAGAUACCUGUACCAUCAUCUCCAGCUGACAGUCUCUCUAAAGAAACUAAUUUAACAGAUACUGCUAUUGCAAAAGCUCAUGAAUCGGAGGAGUAAGUGGAGUCUAGCUGGGGAAUCCAAACUUUUAAAAAGUUGUAGUCUUUACUCCAGUGUUGUGAAACAUUAAGUUCAUAGGAUGCAGUUAUGCUCACCCAGUCACAAAUGUUGUGAUUCAACAUAUGGCAACUUGUUUGUCCAGUAUAAUUGUGUCACAUAAAUCCUAGAUUCUGAGGACAAGAGAUUAACCAUCUGGUCAAAAUCAGAAUUCCCUAUCCAAUUGUCCUUGUAGCAACACUGAGCAGCAUAGACUUUCAAAUAUAUGUGGAUAAUAGAGGCAUAUGCUAGCAAAAUGAAACCUCACGUGUUAAAUUGAAAUAACUUGUGUCUUAAAGGGUUUCACUAUUAAAAUAACAUAAAUGAAGUAAAUUAAAUGAUAUGGCACUGUAACAUCUAAAAAGUAAACACUACACUCUUGGAAUUUCAGCUACAUAUUGAAAAUAAGUUUUGCUAUUUUCUUCUUAUUCUGUUUUUGUUAAACAAAUCCUGAUAAUCCAUGUUAGCUCAACAGAAUUUUUACUUUGUUAAAACAAUGUUACAUUUUAAACAAACACUGAAGUGAUAUUAUCCAAUAAUAUAGCUACAUUUUGCAGAAGAUGGAAAACAGACAAAUGUGACUUGAUAUUCUAGAAGAAUAUCACUAUGCAUCGUGAUCUGUCUGUAACUGAACUAGAAAUUUCUUCCUUAAGCCCUUUCUGUACACAUAAGCAAGAACAGCAGUAGCAUUAUACUGGCAUACCAGUAGCUUCGGAGUAUUUGUUUUGCUUCACCCUAAUGCUUAACUACCAGCUGAGGGCUCAGAAACUGCAUUCAAUCAGUAGCCAUUGCUUCCCAGUACUGUUGUGGGAAGAGAAUCUUAAAUGCUGAAAUAAUAAACUGAAGAUUUGUUGUUCUGCAAUACCUUUAAAAGUUAUAACAAAAAUGUUUAACAAAAAUGAUAGUGAAAGAGGUUCUUACAACACAGCUUCCUGAUGAAACUUUCAGUUAUCUGAAUGUUAUUGUCAGUUUCUCUGCCACCUUUUCUGGCUUGGUGCCAAGACGUUUUUCUUCAGAUGUGGUCACUGUAUCCCAGUUAACAGUAGAGUACUUCACUAUGGAACGAUUCAUUGCCCUCACAAAGACAGCAUCUUCUGGAUUUUCAAAUGGAAUUCUUAAAGAAAGAGCAAAUUACAGGAGAACUUUCUAUACACUGAAGUAACUUAAAGUAACUGCUGACAUUAAAUUGUGAAUAUUUUGAUACAAAAUCAUGUAGCACCAUAAUGAAAUAAAGCAAAGUCUCUUCAAAAAA